AUGGAGAUGAACAACAAUAGAGAGAGUUUUAGCAGAAAUGAAGCAAGAGUUCGCACUGUUGUUGAGCUUGGUGGAUUUUACACAGAGAGUAGUGAAAAGCAAGAAAAGAAAACUUUUAGAAAUUCUCUAUCUGCAAGACAAAUGAAGUCUCUCAUUUCUCUUUGUGAUACUCUCUUACCUUCGAUCAAUGACAGGAACGUUGUUGCUUCAUCUGAUGAAUCUGUAAACAAAUUCUACCGCACUUCAGCUUCCAUGGUUGGCACACAUGAACAUUUAGGAGUUUUGCUGAGUGAGAAACUAGAACAUCUGAGUACAUGGUUAUUUAUGAUAUCAUUAUGGCUACUAUCGACCUGGUUUGGCACAUUGAUAUUGUGUGGUGCUGCAUGUCUGUCAACAAAACUCCCAUUCUUCCAUAGCUACCCUCACUUGUCGCCGGAGAAAUGUGAAAAAAAAUAUUGCAGGGUUGGUCUCAAAGUUACUUUCGAGCCCUUAGGAUGCUCUCCAGAACCAUAA